AUGGAGGGGCCGGGGGGAGCAGGGCUGGGACCACCGAGCGAGCAUCCCCUGAACGAACGGUCCCCGAACGGUCCCCCCGGUGAUCCCCGGGCGGUCCUCGAAGGGUCCCCGAGCCGUUCCCGAACGGUUCCCGAACGGUCCCCCCGGAACAGUCCCCGAACGGUCCCCCCGAGCGGUCCCCGAACGGUCCCCGCCUGUCCCCCCGGUGGUCCCCGGGCGGUCCCCGAACGGUUCCCGAACGGGCCCCCCGAACGGGCCCCCCGAACGGGCCCCCCGAACGGGCCCCGAACGGGCCCCCCGGUGAUCCCCGGGCGGCCCCGAGCCGUUCCCGAACGGUUCCCGAACGGUCCCCCCGGAACAGUCCCCGAACGGUCCCCCCGAGCGGUCCCCGCCUGUCCCCCCGGUGGUCCCCGGGCGGUCCCCGAACGGUUCCCGAACGGGCCCCCCGAACGGGCCCCGAACGGGCCCCGAACGGGCCCCGAACGGGCCCCGAACGGGCCCCGAACGGGCCCCGAACGGGCCCCGAACGGGCCCCGGGGGCUCCGCGCGUUCGGGCGGGACCCCGCGCGCCCUCUCAGGCGGCCCGCGCGCAGCCCCAGCCAAUCCCGCGGCAGGGGCUGCAGCUCCCCGCCAAUCCGGCGCCGCCAGCUCCCGCCCUCAGCCAAUCACAGCCCGGCAGGGUUAAUAUAA